AGGGCCGACAAGUGGGCGAAAAUGCUUCGCAACUGGGACCACUACGGGCCCAGUGAGAAGAUGCGUCGGCGCCUCUAUAAAGGGGUCCCUCCCCAGGUGAGGGGUCAGGUGUGGGCCCUCCUGCUCAGUAUUGAUAAGGUCAAGUCUACCCACCAGGGGCUGUACGAGAAAAUGAAGGAGCGGGCCCAGCUCUUCUCCAAGGACAUCCGGCAAAUCGACCUGGAGGUGAACCGGACCUUCUGGAACCACAUCAUGUUCGGGGACCGCUAUGGCGUCGGGCAGCGAGCCCUCUUCCAUGUGCUCCUGGCCUAUUCGGUCUACAACCCCGAGGUGGGCUACUGUCAGGGGAUGAGUGACAUCGUGGCAAUCCUCCUGAUGUUCCUGUGUGAGGAAGAUGCCUUCUGGGCCCUGGCACAGCUGAUGACCUUGGAGACCCACGCCAUGCACGGGUUCUUCGCUCCGGGAUUCCCAAAGCUGGCCCGUUUCCAGUGGCAUCAUGACGACAUCAUGGAGAAGGAGCUCAAAGGCCUGAAGAAACACCUGGAUGAGCAAGGGAUGAGCGCCGGGCUGUACACCACCAGGUGGUUUCUCCAAUGUUUCAUUGGCCGGACCCCCUUCGCGCUCACCCUGAAGCUGUGGGACGCCUACAUGCUGGACGGAGAGCGCGUCCUCACAGCUAUGGCCUACACCGUCCUCAGGCUGCACCGCAAACGCCUCCUGAAGCUGCCCCUGGAAGGGCUGCAGGGCUUCCUUCAAGACACCCUGGCCCAGCCCUGGGCCCUGGAGGAUGAAGCCGUCCUCAAACACCUUCGGGCCUCCAUGGCCCAUCUGCGACGGAGGAAGUGCGACCUGCCCCCGCCAGCCGGCCCUGAGGAGUUCCCAAGAUGCCCGGGCCAGGAGCAGGUGUCCCCAGCCCCGAUGGCCCUCCUCCCUUCUCCUACCCUGGAGACGCUCUCUGGAACGGACGGGCUGGCCUCCCCAGGCCCAGCCACACACGCUGAGCAGCCGGGACCCCUUCCCCGCCAGGCCGUGCUCAAGGCCAAGCAGCCGCUGCGGGAGGGAAGGUCGACGCAGCCCUUGGCUGCACCCCUGCGGCCGGGAGCCCCUGGGACCCCGGUUCUGUCGCGGCUGCCCUCGCCCCUCCCCAACCUCCCGGGACACCAGGGGUGUGUGUGCAGGGGGCCCGAGGACAUGGCCUUGAGGCUACAACCGUGGGUCCCUUUCCCUUCAGCCCUUGCUGGGGCCACCCCUGUGGCCACACCCCAGAGGCCCCAAAACGUCUCAGGGUCUCCUGGGAUGAGGUCCCCCCAGCCCAGGAAGGAGGAGGCUGGAGGGCCCAGGACACCCUUCCUGCCGUGGGGCCUCUGCAGCUCCUGGCCCUGUGUGGCCUUCGACCGGCCCAGCCGAGACACCUGCGGGCCAGCUCUGAGCCUGCGGCCCCAGGGCCCCGCACCUGCCCGGGCCCCUCUGACUGCCUCCUCGACAGGGAACGUCGAUUCCCCUAGGCCUCUGGAGAAGAGCAUGGGGCCCGAGAGGCUCUGGGCAGCCAGCACGGUGCCCUGCCUCCUCAAUCUGGACUUUGUAGAAGAUGGCACUCCCACCAGGAGGUACAAGUCACUGACCUAGAGUGACCUCCACUGGCCUGACACCAGGCCCGGGGGAGCAGAGAUGACACGAGCUUCUCCCCAACAAUGACCAGAAGGCGAACUGAUGAUUCUGAGGCCCCAUGGACUUGGCCAGUCCUGAGUUCUGACCCAAAGCUCGUCAAGUCCACGGAGAAUUCUCUGUGUCCGCCUGGGGCCUGGGUGUGCCCCAGGGUGCACGACUCCCACCGAGGGCAGCUCUGGGGACCAAAGGUCACCCCAGCCUGGGCGCAGCAGGGAUGGGCUGGUGGGCCCCGCCCUCCCCUCCUCCACAGGAGGAGGCAGGGGCCACCAGAGCCCGGGUCUCCAGCGGUCACCUGGCAGCCAUGGGGCAGUGGCCGAGGCCAGGCAGACGUGUCGGGACCCUGUCCGGGAACCCCGACGCUGCACCCCGGUUCAGGUC